UCCAGAGAACGUUACAGUGAGGACUCCACCACCUCCACCAUGCUGGCCUCCGGGCUACUCCUGGGAGCCCUGUUCUUUUGCCUCUCAGCCCUGGUGGUACUCUCUGUAUGGAGACAGAGGAAACUCCGAGGCAGCCUUCCUCCAGGGCCCACCCCGCUGCCUUUGAUCGGCAACUAUCUGCAGCUCAACACUGAGCAGAUGUAUGACUCCCUCAUGAAGAUUGGGGAAAAAUUCGGACCCGUGUUCACAGUGCAUCUGGGGCCCAGACCUGUCGUGAUUCUGACUGGGUAUGAUGCUGUGAAGGAGGCACUAGUGGACCAAGCAGAGGAGUUCUCUGGUCGAGGGGAGCAGGCCACCUUUGACUGGCUCUUUAAGGGAUUUGGUGUGGCCUUCAGUAAUGGUGAGAGGGCCCGGCAGCUCCGACGAUUCUCCAUCACCACUCUCAGGGACUUUGGCAUGGGCAAGAGAGGAAUCGAAGAGCGCAUCCAAGAAGAAGCUGGCUUCCUUGUGGAGGCUCUUCGGGGCACAAAAGGGGCCCCCAUUGACCCCACCUUCUUCCUGAGCCGCACAGUUUCCAAUGUCAUCAGCUCCAUCGUCUUUGGCGAUCGCUUCGAAUAUGAGGACAAACAGUUCCUGUCCCUGUUGCGUAUGAUGUUGGGGAGCUUCCAGUUCACAGCCACAUCCAUGGGACAGCUCUAUGAGAUGUUCUCGGGAGUGAUGAAGCACCUGCCAGGGCCUCAGCAGCAAGCCUUCAAGGAACUGCAAGGCCUGGAGGACUUCAUCACUGAGAAGGUCCGGCAGAACCAGACCACCCUGGACCCCAACCACCCCCGCAACUUCAUUGACUCCUUCCUCAUCAAGAUGCAGGAGGAAAAGAAAAACCCUAAUACAGAAUUCUUCAUGAGGAAUUUGACCAUGACCACUCUAAACCUGUUUUUUGCGGGCACUGAGACCGUUAGCACCACCCUUCGCUAUGGCUUCCUUCUGCUAAUGAAACAUCCAGAGGUGGAAGCUAGAAUCCAUGAGGAAAUUGAUCAUGUGAUUGGGCGAAACAGAUCACCCAAGUUUGAGGACAAAGCCAAGAUGCCAUACACAGAGGCUGUCAUCCAUGAGAUCCAGAGGUUUGGCGACAUGAUCCCCAUGGGUCUGGCCCGAAGAGUCACCAAGGACACUAAAUUUCGAGGCUACCUUAUUCCCAAGGGCACAGAAGUUUAUCCCAUGCUGGGCUCAGUGCUGAGAGACCAGAACUUCUUUGCCUGCCCCCAAGACUUCAACCCCCAGCACUUCCUGGAUGAGAAGGGCCAGUUCAAAAGGAGCGAUGCCUUCGUCCCCUUCUCCAUUGGAAAACGCUACUGCUUUGGCGAAGGCUUGGCCAGGAUGGAGCUCUUCCUUUUCCUCACCACCAUCCUCCAGAACUUCCGCUUCCAGUCUCCACUCCCCAAAGAGGCCAUUGACAUCUCCCCGAAGAUGGUGGGCUUUGCCACUAUCCCUCGCAGCUACACCAUCUCAUUCGUGCCCCGAGGAUGAUGAGGCUGACGGGCCCAGAGGACCCCACUGAAAUCUUCGGGACUCCUGGUUGCGGUGGCCCAGGAUGUACUAAUAAAGGCUGAGCCCCCCCCCCCA